UCCGCCGUCACGCGCCGCCGCGACUACACGUUAUUAGGGCUCUUAAACGCCACUACACGCGACGCGCGCGUUUCGAACGUAGUGAACGAUCUCGCGACCGGUUCGCCGUAGCCCAUGAGCGACCAGUGACAUCUCGAUACUUGUGCUGUGUGACUUGCAGUGAAACGCUCAGUGCAUACAUGUGCAAGUGAUGGAUUACUGCGGAUCUAACUUCGAGUGCUGACGACCGGGCCUCGGUCCCGACGUAUGCCCCGGCGCCGCUAGCCCGGACGCGCCAGCAUGCGCGCCCCCGCGGUGCUGAUCGCCCUGCUAGGGUUUCUGCCCCAGGUGCUGACGUCUGGUUCCUUCGAACUUAGGAUAAAAAGUUUUACGAACUCAUUGGGUAGGUUAAGUAGUGGGCAGUGCUGUGAUGGUUCCUCAAAUAGUGACGCGCCGUGUUUGGCGCCGUGCAGGACUAAAUUCCGAGUGUGCCUCAAGAUUUAUCAAGCUAACAUCGACACAACGUCACCGUGUACCUUCGGUGAUAUCACGACGCCCGUGUUGGGCGGCAACUCAUUGGAUGUGCCCAAUCUGCACGUGGAAGGAUUUAGCAAUCCCAUCGUGUUCCCCUUCGACUUCACAUGGCCGGGCACAUUCUCGCUUAUAGUGGAAGCGUGGCACGACACCAACGAGACGUCAAGAUCUGAUGAUACUCUAAUAGCCCGUAUGACGAAGCAGAGUGUUGCCGAUGUGGGGGGUCCAUGGAUAGAUGAGGAGCAGAGGUGGGGCGGACCUGGUGACGCUCACCUGAGGCUCUCGUACCGAGUGACGUGUGCCGCUCACUACUACGGAGCGGGCUGUGAGGUGCUCUGCAGACCGAGAGAUGACGCCUUCGGACACUACACCUGCUCGCCCGCCGGUGAAAUUGUCUGCAAAGCGGGAUGGACCGGGGAUUAUUGCUCAAAACCGCGAUGCUUGCCCGGCUGCGACGCGGAGCACGGCCACUGCCUCAAGCCCGACGAAUGCAUUUGUCAUUCGGGCUGGGUGGGCGAGCUGUGCGACCAGUGCGAGCGGCACCCGGGCUGCGUGCACGGCACCUGCUCGCGGCCCUGGGACUGCAUCUGCGAGGAGGGCUGGGGCGGGCUGUUCUGCAACCAGGACCUCAACUACUGCACCAACCACCGGCCCUGCCGCAAUGGCGGCACGUGCCACAACACCGGCCAGGGCAGCUACACCUGCAUGUGCCCCAAGGAGUACACGGGCCCCGACUGUGAAAAGUCGCAGCACUCGUGCGCCGUGCGGCCGUGCCUGAACGGCGGCGCGUGCGUGCCGGACGAGGGCGGCGAGCUGGCGUGCGCCUGCCCGGCCGGCUACGAGGGCGCGCGCUGCGAGACGCGCCGCCUCACGUGCGCGGACCGGCCCUGCCGGCACGGCGGCGUGUGCGAGCCGCGCAACGCGGGCUACGUGUGCGUGUGUCCCGUGGGCUUCGCGGGGCCGGACUGCGCGCUCGAGGCCGACCCCUGCGCCGCCAGUCCUUGCCGAAACGGCGCCACCUGCGCGCGCGCCGGCGACGGUUUCAAAUGCACCUGCAAACCUGGCUACCGAGGCAACCGCUGUGAGAUUGACAUCGACGACUGCGCCGGCAUAGUCUGCGAACACGGCGGCACCUGCGUCGACCUCGUCAACGGUCAACGCUGUCAGUGCGCGCCCGGAUUCCUUGGGCCGCGCUGCGAAACCAGAGUGGACCUGUGCCUCGCCAAACCCUGUGCAAACGGUGGAGAAUGUUUGAUCCUCGAUAACGACUAUGAGUGCCGGUGCCGGCCCGGUUUCGCCGGCAAAGACUGCAGUAUAGACAUCGACGAGUGCUCGUCCGGGCCGUGCCGGAACGGUGGCACGUGCCGAGACCGCGUGGACGGGUACCACUGCGCGUGCGCGGCGGGCUGGGGCGGCAAGUCGUGUACGGUGUCGCUGGCGGAGCUGGCGGCCAAGCAGCCUGGCGUGAACCUGCGGCGCGUGGGCGACGAGCUGGGCGCGGAGCGGCUGUCGGGCCAGCAGGUGGCGUGGAUCGCGAGCGUGACGGCGGCCGUGCCGCUGGCGGCGCUGGCGGCCGUGCUGGGCAUUGUGUGCGUGAGGCGGCGCCGCAAGCGCGCGGCGGCGGCGGCGGACGCGGAGGCGCGCGCGCAGAACGCGGCCAACGCCACGGGGCACGUGAUCCGCAACACGUGGGGCAAGUGCGACGCGCCCGCCGCCGAGUGCCAGAACGCGCACAACGCCGCCGCCGAGGAGUGCAAGCGCAAGACGCUCAACACCGAGAGCGCGCGCCUGCUGGCCGCGCUCGACCCCAGACUCUCGCGGCUCUCCGCGGACUCCGCCUACUGUGCCAAUAGCGAUACGUCGCUAGUGAAGCGAGCGCUAGAAGGCGGAGGGGUGUAUGUGUUAGACGACCAUUGCUUGCCGCCGACGUACGCGACACAAGUGUAGUGAUACAAACGCGACAAUGGACAAACACUAACUUAUUUAUUCACAACGGACGCUCUUGCGAAACAGGCUGUGCGCCGCGUGUAAAUAUAGCGUUAAAGUGUAAAGUGACCCUGUAUAAACGGCUAGUUUUAAGCGUUCCGAUGUAUUUAUUUAAGAGAGCGAUUCGUACGCCCCUGUAAAUAGUAUUGGCGGGACGGAUCGCGUUUUUUCCGCCCCUGAUCGGCAAGCGUCGCGCCGAGCGAGGACCGCGCGGGCCGAGGGGCCAGUGGACGCCGUCCACGUCGCGAUCUCUGUACGCUUGCGGCAACGCCAUUCUGACGACCCUGUAGACAUACAUUGUGUAAUUAACUCAAAUAAAUUCACUAAAUCUUGACAAAAAUCGAAUAUAUUUUUAACAAUUUUAAUGUUUUGGAGAAUUUUAGGCCGUUUACACGGUUAGCAGAAUGGUUCGGCCCCAAGUAUAGGUAAGGUGUGCGGGGUCUCGCGGCUCGGUCCGCCGCCUGACGCCGCCUCCCGGCGCGACCGUGCGGGCUCGCGCGCCGGCCGCCACUGUCGCGCCGGGACCACUACACACCACUCACACUAUCCCUCUAGACUCGCACCAGUAUAGAAGCCAAACCGUGCGUAAAAUAAGAUUAGACUAAUUUAUAAAAAAAAUAACGCGAAUGAUGCGUUCAUCAGUUUCACAUUGAUUUAUAUUUUGUGAUUGACUAAUUGUUGUCGUUUGUUCCUAUGAUUAUUAUAGUGAAUUUCUCCAUGAAAAAUCUUGAUCAGGUUUUCUUGAAAAUCGACGUAGAUUUUUUCCUUUUUUUCUUAACUUCCGUACUCGGGAUGUAGAGCAGUUAGCACGAUAAUUUAACGUUCCUGAGACUGUGACCGCCAUUUCUGCGGCCUGCAUGCGCACGCGCAGGCAGGCUGUACAAGUCGCUGUCGCACCACACAAAUAUUCACGCACGUAAUUAGUCCAUAGGUUAAAAUUAAAUUCAGUACUUAUAGAAACAAAUUGUCGAAACCUAAGUCAUUGUGUAUAAAAGCGUAAGUUUUAGUGUUGUAAGGAUAUUCUCCAUUACUUAUAAGAGUACUGAGACAAUAUAAAGUGUGUCAUUAGGCAACAUAAGACACGAUAACUCUGCUUGUUUUAACUUAUUUAUUUUAAUAGGUACAGUUCUCGAGCUAUGUUGUGUUUGUAGAUUCGCCUCGGGCGACACACGUGACGUCACAGUGCGUCGUGUGUGCCGCGUUGACCGCGAAUCGUCAUUAUGAAAUAAUUUAUGUUAAAUUACAUUUUUAUAAAGUCCGUGUAGAUAUUAUGCGGUAAGUGAUAGGUGAUCACCUCUUAUGUUGCCUUUUGUACUCGAGCGUAGAUUAAAAAGGUUAAAUCGACAAAAUUGUAAAAAUAUGAAUAGACUGAUGAUCAAUAAUAAUUCUCUUGUAUUUAAUUUUUUAAGAUGACAAAUAAGUUUAAAUUAUGAGGAAAUAAAGGAACAUCCAAAUGUACUAAAAAUAGAAUCAUAAUUGUUGUACUUAAUUGAUCACAGUGAACCUUUCAUUUUUCUUUUUGAGAAUUUCGGUAAUGAUAUCAAAAUUAUGAUUACCAUUCCGAAUAAUAAAAUGACAGUAUUUUUAAUUUAUUUAUUACAACCGUAUGAUUAUAAUUAUUGUGAAUUUCUUUAAUUUUUAUUAACAAAAAUCAUUGUUUAAUUAUUUUUUGAGCUUAAGUUUACAAUUGACUGACGUAAAUUGACUUAUUGAUACUUUGGACACAUUUUAUUAAAUCAUGAAUGUAUUAUACCGCGUGUGAGUAUACUAAAAGAUAACGUUUCAAAUCAUUCCAUUACUUAGCUAAGUAGCCUUUAUCUAUAAAUCUUAUUUUUAAUUUCGCUAUUUUCUUAUUAUUGUUUAUUUUGCAUGUGAAACCAGUGAUUGUCUUAAUUGUUCUACGUUUCGUCCUACUGGGCAAAGUACAAUUACCUGUUAUCUGUCUUAGUAUUAUUUUAUUACCUUUUGGUAUAUUCACAUAUAAUUAUUAUGUUUCAAAAGAAAAAUGAAAGUACUCUUCUGCUGAGCCGCAGAUGGUAUUCCAUAAAUAGAUUCUAACAGAAUAAAAGUCAUUGUAUUGCUAAUUAUGGUGAUAAAUUGCCAGCGAGUGUUUGUGACGAAGUGUAAUUAUUGCAGUGGAUGCAAACGAGAAAUAAAAUGUUAAUAAUAAACAAUUGUUUACAAAAAAUUAAAA